AUGGUUAGCGAUUAUCUGGUUCAGCAUCCAUCCGGGCCCUUCUUUGAAUUGAGUGAGAGUGAAUUUGAUGAAGCAUCGAGAAAGUUCCCUGAAUUGUUAGCACCCACUGACAUUGAUUAUAUUGAUCGUACAGGUACGGCAUCGAUUCAGGUUGGAAAAGAUGCCUACUUUCAUAACCAGACAAUAUUAAGUCAGUUUGAAAGGUUAUUCCAAUUAAUAAAAUUUAAAACUGAAUUCGAAGGACAUGAUAUUCAUAUCAUAGUUGAUAAUGCGCGAACGCAUAGCGCCAAGUCUCAUUCAGUCACUGAUUUUGGAAAAUCUAUUGGAACUCGUUGA